AUGUUUGGUUAAACUGAUUUUUGGAUAGUCAUAUAUAUAUAUAAUAUAAAAAAAGACUUUGUAAUACUUAAUUAAUUUGCAGUUAUUGCAAUGUUAAUUUUUUGCAUUAACUAAUUUAAUAGUGUUCAUAAUAAAUCAUAUUAGUAAACGAUUAUAGAAUUAGGAGUCUUAUAUCUGUUUGAUGUAUAUUUGCAAUAUAAAAAUUAUAAAAGAUAAGAAAAACCUAAUACAAAUGAAUUUUGUAGGAAAUUUAAUAUUAACCAUUAAGAAAUUUUAAAUCAUAAUAAUAAUCAAAAUAAAAAUAAAUUUAACCAUCAUAAUCAAAGAAAAAAUGUAUUAUCUAUAAAUUAAAUUAAUGAAUCUCAUUAUUAAAUUUAUUAAGCAUAAGAUUCUAUACCAAGUUUAAAAGAUAUAUUUUAUCCUGAAUGGAAAAAAACAUAUUAUUGUUAUUCAGCUGAAGAAUUACUCAAAGUUUAUGAAAAAGAAAAUUCUAAUUUAUUUUAUAUUCUAUAUAUACCAUCAGAAAUAAACAACAAAGAUAUAUAUAGAGUAUAAAUAACAAGAAAUAAGGCUUAAGAUUAUAUUUUAAACUUUACUAAAUUAGAUAGUCUCUUAUAUUAUAAAUUAAAAGGAUCAAAAAGAAAAUUUAGAUAAAAUUUAUCUUAAAUAUUCUCUCACAAACUCAAAACUCCAUUAAAUUAAGCAUUGGCAAAAAUUACAUCUAUGCUUACUGAUUUGAAUGUACUACCAUAUUAAAAGAUCAUUCUUUCUUAAAUCUACAUCUAAUAAAAAUGUUAAUUGUAUGGUAUUUUGGAUUUUUUAGACUAUGUUAAUUCAGAUUCGAUGACAUUCUAAACUUCUCGUAUUACUUUAAAAUAAAUUAUUUAAAAUGUUAAAGACCUUAUUAGAGAGUAGUGUAAAGCUAAAUCAAUAAAAUUACGUAUCUUAAUAGAAAAUAUUCAAUUCAAAGAUUAUAAAGGGUAUUAUUAAUAAUAUAUUGUAGUUAUAUUGUUUUAAAUACUGAUUCAUUAAAAUUGGAAAGAAUACUAUAUAAUUUAUUAAAUAAUGCUUAUAGACAUUCAAAUAAAAAUGGAACAAUUCAUUUGACUGUAGAAAUGAAUUAAGGAACAUUGAAUUUUGCCAUAAAAGAUUCUGGAAUAGGAAUGACUUAAGAAAUGAUGGGGGAUUACAAUUUGUAAUUUUAAUCUCAUUAAAAUCUUUUGAAAUCAAUUAAACGCUCUUGGAAUCACAAAUUGGGAACAACUUUAUUUGUAGCAAAUAAAUUAAUUCAUUUAUUAAAUGGAAAUAAAGGUUAUUUACAAAUUCUUAAAUAAGAAGAGUUUGAAUUCAAUUUUUCAAUAUUAUAAGAAUUAAACAUUAAUAAAGGUGUAUCAGAUAUAGGGUUUGGUAGUUUAAGUUCUGAUAGAUCAGAAAUAAAUUUAAUAAUUAAUUAAUAAGAUCAUAUGGAUGAAAUAUAGGAAGUAAGUGAUUAAAUUGGAGAUGAACCUCAAAGUUAAGAAAUUAAAAUAGAAUAAAUUAAACAUAUAAGAAAUUUAAAAUAGAUUAUUGCAUAACCUUAAUCUUAAGUUCAAAGUAAACAUUCAUAAUUGUUCAAUAAAAGAUCUUCAUCUAUUUUUGAUGUGAAUUCAUUUUUAAGAUAGUUUAGUUUUAAAGAUGGUGGAAUAGAUUCCAAUUAAGAAUUAGUUGUGGAAAAAGAUUAAUAUAUUAUGAUUGUUGAUGAUGAACCAUUUAAUCAUGAUGCACUUUUAAUGAUGUUAAAAAGAUUUGGAUAUGCUAAUUUCAUGCAUGCUUAUGAUGGAAGUGAAUGUAUUAAUAAAACUAAAGAAAAUCAUUCAAAAAUUAAAUUUAUUUUAAUGGAUUUAGAUAUGCCUAUUUUAAAUGGGUUUAAGUAAUUAAUAAUUAUUAAUUCAGAGCCACAUCAAUACUUAUUGAAUUAAUGAAAACUAAUUAAAUUAAAAGGAUUCCCAUAAUAGCAUGUACUGCUCAUGAUGAUUACGAGACUGAAACAUAAUGUAAAGCUCUGGGUAUGCUUGAUAUCAUCAUUAAGCCAGUUUUUCUAAAAUAACUUUAAGUUGUAAUUAAAAAUAUACCUAAAAUUAUUUGA